AAGAGCUCGGCGAACAGUCAGGUAUCAAGAUGGCCCCUAGAAUCGAAGUCGGUUCUAUGUCGUGACGCGGUCUCCGGAGCAAUAUUAAGCAAUCUUCUCGUGCGUAAGGUUGAUUUCGGCCGGGUAAAAUGUUAAUUGGAUGUUUACAAAUUGAUGUGGCACUGAGUUUGUAGAGUAUCACGUUCUGAGGACAUUGGAACGAGGCGAGAAGUGUCCGCGUUAUAGCGCGACCCACCACAGAGGCUUUGUGACGGAAAUUGCUCCCGGUCGAAGAUGACAAGUUCUAGUGUAGAUAAUGCUUCCGAUAAUGGGGUGGCAUAUGCAAAGAAAGUGAGUAGUGCUGUGUUCUACGGAGUAUCAUCGUUUAUGAUAACGGUCGUGAACAAGACAGUGCUCACGUCUUACCACUUCCCGUCCUUCAUGUUCCUGAGCCUGGGCCAGAUGAUCGCCAGCAUCGUAGUCCUGUAUUUCGGCAAACGACUUCACAUAGUUUCGUAUCCAGAUCUCAGCCGGGAUAUGCCCAUGAAGCUUUUCCCGCUGCCACUGAUCUACCUCGGGAACAUGAUGUUUGGUCUCGGCGGCACGCAGGCUUUGAGUCUGCCCAUGUUCACAGCUCUGAGACGGUUUUCGAUAUUGAUGACGAUGCUGCUGGAGCUGAAAAUUCUGAAUGUGAAGCCAUCGUUUGCAGUGCAAGUGAGCGUCUACGCAAUGGUUGGGGGCGCGCUGCUGGCGGCCAGCAAUGACUUGUCCUUCAACAUGGAAGGAUAUACUUAUGUGAUGAUAACAAACGCCUUGACGGCAGCGAAUGGAGUUUUUGUUAAGAAGAAGCUAGACAACUUGGACGUCGGCAAGUACGGGCUAAUGUUCUACAAUUCGCUGUUUAUGAUUCUGCCAGCGCUCGUCUUCACAUACAUUAUCGGCGACAUUCAGAGGUCACUGGACUUCCCCCUCUGGUCGGACCCGCUCUUCUUCAUUCAGUUUUUACUUUCCUGCGUGAUGGGAUUCAUUCUCUCCUACAGCACCAUUCUCUGCACGCAACACAACUCGGCGUUGACGACAACAAUUGUAGGCUGCCUGAAGAACAUUUGCGUGACCUACUUGGGGAUGUUUAUCGGGGGUGACUACAUAUUCUCGUGGCUCAACUGCAUCGGAAUUAACAUAAGUGUCUUAGGCAGCCUUCUUUACACGUAUGUGACCUUCAGGCGGAAAAAUGUGUCGCCCAAGUUGACGGCAGAGUCGACCCAGAAAAUCGAGUCGAUUAUGUUUCAACUAAGAGUUCAACUUCUGCGAAAUUUGUCACCAUCAAUAUGGUGGAAUAGUUCAAAGAUCCUCAAUAGUAGUACAUUUGUUGACCAUGAAAGUGCAGCUGAGCCAAAUUUGACCAGCCAGAAUGGAUCUACCGAAAACGUCGAUGAAUACACGGCAGAAUUUCUAAAAAAUCGAAUACCUCUGACAGGAAUACAGAAAACAAUACUCAGUUUCGGUUCGUCAUUGACGGCAUUACUCGACCCCACGAGGCAAGACAUGAUCGCAUGCUUAGGUGAGACAACCGGUGAAUCUGCUUUGCAAAAUAUACUUACCACCAUGCAGAAUGAUGAGGAAGGACGUCAAAUACUUGCUGAAAAACCGCGUAUUAACACGAAGACUGUGAAUCUCGAGAAAUUACGGCAGAUGCCGUCAAAUACCUUAGGAUAUACGUAUGCAAAAUUUUUGGAUGAUAAUCAAGUUACACCAGAUUCAAGAAUGGAGGUUCGUUUUAUUGAAAAUUCAGAAUUAGCUUAUGUAAUGACUAGAUAUCGGGAAUGCCACGACUUGAUCCAUGCUGCGCUGGGCAUGCCUACGAACAUGUUAGGCGAAGUAGCAGUCAAAUGGGUGGAAGCCUUCAAUACUGGACUUCCUAUGUGCUACGGAGGGGCAGUUUUUGGUGCCAUUCGAUUGCGACCCAAACAACGACAACAAUAUCUGAGCAAAUACCUCCCUUGGGCCAUCACAAAUGGGAAGAACGCAAAGUUCCUUUUGUCGAUAUAUUGGGAGAAACGAUGGGAACAGGAUUUAGCAGAAAUGCAUAAAGAACUUUCUAUAAAACCUUUCAGUAAAUAACGUUAAAAUUAGCCUUUAAGCUGAUUUUUUUAUAAUAAAGUGAUUGCAAAUAAUUAUUCAAUAGUGACAAGAUAUAAGUGGAAUGAUAAUAAAGCCGCUGAAAAUA